AUUUAAAAGCUGGAGUCUAAUAAUGCCGGGAUACAAAAUUUCAAGACAACGAAAGAGGAAAGGUACAAAAUUCAAGUUUGGCAACAUCUAUCUGUCCAAAGAGAAGUGUAGACUAAUCCAGAUGCGAAAUCAAUAGGGGCAGCCUAAGUGUAUUAUGGAAGAUAUGGAAUUGGGGAAUCGUGAAUGCCUAUAUUUCAAUUUAAAUCUAAGACACCAGUAGUAUCUCUAAAGAAAAAUGAUGGGAAGACUUUUCUGAGAACUUUAUAUGACCAAACGAAUAGACUUUGCUGAAUACUUGAGUGGCUAGAGCUGUCAUAUGCUUCUGAUGAAGGAUGUAUGAUUUUGAUCAACAACAUCAAAAUAUCCAUAUCCAUUCUUGCUCAAGGUUUCGUUUUCUAUUUCCUCUUUAGUGUGCUUAUCAUUUAAUAAAUUGGACUUUAGGUCCGUUACAUCAAGGCUUCGGUCCUCAGUUAACAGUGGUAUUGCCUGAGAUGCAUGACAUCUUGCGUGACUUUUCCUUCGCGGUACAUUUUCCACUGUGGGGCAUGGGGUUAGGAGAUUUGUAUGUAAACAAAACGUUCAAACCGGACCAACUCGCUGGCGCGCUUCCCGCUCUUCCGGAAAAAUGUGUUUUUCUUUCACUUCUUCGUAGUAUCUCACGCACAGGCAGCCACAUCACAGAGAGCACACACAUAGGCAAAGGAAGACUUCUAUUAUUUCUUAAAUGUUUCGUCUGCAGAUAGAACUGCCCCACGUUAAACAGAAAACAGACUGGGACUGUGGAUUAGCAUGUUCGUUGAUGGUGUUACAGAAGGUUUUAGGGAACAAGUUCGAUAACUCAGAAUAUGAAGACAUUUGCGAGAAAAAGAAUUUUGGAAGCAGUGUUUGGACCAUAGAUAUCGCCAGUAUUUUCACAGAGUACAAGAUCGAUUACGUUUUCUGCACUAAAACUUUGGGAGUAGAUCCAAGUUAUGGGCAAAACUCGUUUUACGAAGGAACCUUCACCUUGGACGAAACCAGAGUAAAUCGUCUUUUCACUCUCGUACCACAGUUAGGAUUAAAAGUAGAAAAAAGGAGUGUUUCAUUGGAAGAAAUUAUUUCAAGAUUGCUGAAGGGUUAUAUUGCCAUUGUUCUUGUGAACUCAAAUGUUUUAAUUUGCCACUGGUGUGAAAUAUUUUCUCCAAAUAAACUAAGGAUGCUCACAUCCUGUAUAUGCGCGUCAAACCAGAGUGACUACUGUGGUCAUUAUAUAGUAUUAUGUGGAUUUGACGCAGAUAAGAGAUGUGUGUAUUACAAGAAUCCAUCAUUUAACGAAGUUCUUUGCUGUGCAAGGUAUGACAUGUUUGAAUCAGCACGAUGCAGUUAUGGAACAGAUGAGGACAUAGUGUUUGUCAAAGUAGAGGAACCUGAACUUUUGAAGGAGACAUUUAUUAAUACUACAAACAAAUUAUGAUUGAAGUAAGGUUUCAAAUCACAAAGCCAUAAUCAUGAUGAGAAUUAUAUUCAAAUUUUUUCUGAAGCAUCACUACUGUUUUACUAAAUAGCACAAACAUUUCCCUUCGUCUCUCUUACUUUAUUUUCUUUCCCAGUUAUUUGUUUAGCUUGCCCUACAAUUCUUAAAAUGUUACUUGAGAGAAUUUGGUAUUGGAUCAACUAACAAUCCCCAAAUUUUUCUUCAUUCCCAUCACUUGCCUGCUUUAUUUUGUAAGGAGAAACUCUGUCUUGGUCACUCAUAGGAGUCAAAGGGUCAACAUGGUUUUUCACAAUGCUUGUAGUGAUUUGAAUGAAAUUUGCUAGAAACAGGCCAAUACGGAAAUAUAAUGAAAUCUAUGAAUUUGUUUCAUUAAAUGAUCCCAGUCAUUACUGUUGAGUGGAGAUAUGGGUUGUCUGUUGCCAUAAAACAGCUCUAAAAUUAAACUCAAAUAUAAUUAACAUUGCUCUCUCCAACAGAGAACAAAAACAUUUUGCGAUUUGUGAAAUCAAAGUAUAUUCUGUAUUAAUAGGUUUUACUGUGUGCUCUUUUUUUGGAACUUUUUCAUAAAUAUUAAUAGUGUAAUACCAAGUAAGGGUAUCCUUGAAGACUUUAAUUUUGUCAAAGUGAAAUACUGGUCACCUGGUUUAGUCUAAAACAUCAAUGUUGUAAUAAACUUUCAGUUGUCCUUCUGUCAGAAUAUGAUCAUUUUAUUAACUGAAUGUCAUUAUCAUUCCUCGAGUAACUUUCUAAUUAUGAUGUUCCUAAGGUUGGAAGAUAUUAUGUACUCAUGUGUACUAUUACUAAAAAUACCAUGAAAUGUAAAGUACUAUGUAAAAUCUGAGGAUUUUAAGGAUAUUUGAAGGUUUAAGUUCAAGAAAAGGGAAACUUGACUUGAAAUAGAGUUCCUAACACUGAAUUCUGUAAAUUAUGUAAAUGAUGACAUUUAAGUAUUAUAUUGCAUUUGCAAUAUAUUUAAGGACUCCCCUUAUCAUUCAAGGAAAUGUUAGUAAUAAAUUGCUAUUAUGAUUUU